AUGUUUGAUGCAGAACAUGAUGAGCAGCCCCAUGAUGAGCAGCCCCAGCACAAUCAUGUGUUUUAUGAUGAAUAUGACCAGCAGCAGCAACAUUUUGAUGAUGAACAUGGUCAGCAACACCAGCCUGAUGAACCCAUGUUUCCUGGAGGUCCUUAUGAUCUUUCUGUCCUUACAGAUUAUGAGCAUCAUAUUGCAAUUAAUGUGUGGAAUGGACAGGAAAGACGUGCCUUGAAAGUUGUUUCCAAUGGCAAAAAGCAAGACAAAUUUAUUGAUAUUAGAUAUCAUUUACCUGCUCAAAUAGAUCAUUGGAUUAAUAUAUCUGGAUUACGUCCUCUGAGAAGAUGUAGUUUGCAUAUGAUUGAUGGUAACAUGAUAUCUGCUUUUGCUGAGAGAUGGCACGCAGAGACUAGUUCAUUUCACCAGCCAUUCGGUGAAAUGACUAUUACUCUUGACGACGUCAGGGGUCUUUUGAGCAUCCCGUGUACUGGAGAGUUUUUCACACCUCCCGCAAAUGUCAAUGAAGAUUUGGCAAUUGCUGCUGCUGUUGAGUUGUUGGGGGUUACAUAUGAUGAAGCUGUCACUGAGACUAGGACCAAUAGAGGGGCUUCGUAUAGUUUUGAGUGGUUGAAAGAGGUAUUUUAUAAGAAACUUCAUGAACGAAGAUAUGACUGUGCAGCUAGGGCAUAUCUACUUCAUUUGGUAGGAUGUACCAUUCUUGCGGAUAAAAGUUUUACACUUGUAUCUGCAAAAUAUCUCUUUCUGUUUCAAGAUCUGGAUAGUUGUGGUAAAUGGGCAUGGGGACCGGCUGCACUUGUUGUGCUAUAUGACUAUCUUAGAGACAGUACAUUGCCUGCAACCAAACAGAUUGGAGGAUAUUUGUCUUUAUUUCAGACUUGGAUUUAUGAACAUUUCCCUGAUAUUUGUAAACGGGAUAUGGAUGAGCAUAUUUCCUCGAUGCCACAGAUAUUGCAUCCAACUGCAUAUCCACAUGAGUGUGUUGAGGGAUACAUCCAGUGGUAUUAUAGGAUAUCUCAUCCUCGGAUGAUCCCUUAUGUUGCUGCAUAUGCUGGUCCUAGUUAUGAUGUUGAUGCUGGUCCUAGUCAUGAUGCUGGUCCCGAUACUAGUUGUACACGGUGUCACGCAGUUGGUGGUCUUAUACAGCAGAGUUUAGAUUUGCAUAUGGGUGGUCCUGAAGAUGAGAUGCGUGUCUUAUUGGAGAGAGCUUUAUAUAUUUCUAGAGGAGGAGAUUAUCAGUAG